AUGGUAACAAGCGCCAGCGACACCAUCUGUGCCGCACUCGACCAUGGCGGGGGUGUUCGCUUCGGUCCCCAAACUUUUGCCAUCUACUCCUGCGCCCCGCUGCCGCCGAGUAUCAAGCAGAUCAGGCGUAAUGCCACUCUCCACGCCCAGAUGAGCAGACUCGCAGCAAGGAUCUUAAAGACGCUACCCGUCUACGUGGAUCUGCAAGAUACCGAUGUGGCCGAGCUGGCCUCCCUGCCGGUGCCGGUAUCAGUGCCCCGCGACCAACCGAUGCCCCCGAUCAGGGCCAACGCAAUCAACCCUAACUAUCUUCCCUGGUUUCUGAUCAAUGCGGCGACAUUCAAGAAACAUUGUGUGGUUGGACGAAACUCGGCGGUGGAGUCGUUUCUGAUCAUCCUGCAGCGGCCCUGGUGUGUCCUUGAGAUCUGCUGUUGCAUCGAAGCUCAGACUAUCGGCGCGGUGCUAGUGCUCGCUAAGUUGGCUGCUCAGAUUGACCCCAACUCGUACGAAGCCGCAGUGCAACUGUUGUCUCAUGAAUUCCGGGUGAGGAUAGAGCCGUUGAGGAAUUCAGCUAAUAUCCUCACCUCUGGCGGCACCGAAAACAUGCUAUAUACAUCGCAAUGCUCGGAGAAGGCAAUAUGCGACAUAUAUGCAGCCGCGACUCUUGUCAGCUCGUAUAAUUCGUUCUGGCUGCCGUUGGUAUGCUGCUGCGCUAUUGACCUACAUCUGUCUUUUUCUCAUGUCGUGAGGAGGAUCCGUGAUGAUGCUGGAGGGUUGAAUGGCGGAAUGAACUGGAUUGAGUUGCAUGGAUGUCUUGUUAGGAGAAUUGGGGAUUGGAUCUAACUAUAUGCCGCUCGUUCUAUGAUGGUCAUGAAGCCACAAUAUUCGCCAAUGGACCAUAUCCCUAUACAACUGUAGAAAGAAGUCACUAGAAUAGAGAAACUGUCUUUCUGCCUUUCUGCACCCCUUGGCAUUCUCUUUCCGUCAGCUGCCUUACCUCUCC